AUGGGACUCACUCAGUUAGGUGGUGCCACCCUACCACUAUCGUUUGCCGCUGCCGGAUCUGACCCAAAUGCGCUCAACACUUCGGCUCUUCUCGCAGCUGCCGCUGCUCUUCAACAGCAACAACAAACGGUUCCCGGUUCCGGUUUGUUGGUGACGACAUCCUCUGCAAAGGCGUCCAUGACCGGUGAUCCCGUCACAUUGGGCCAGCAUCUGAGCGCCGGUUCUCGAGCGACCACCCUCUUGUCAACAUCCACCGCAAACGGAAUAUGCUCGGGAAAUGGAACACUUUCAAGCAAGAGUGUAUUAUCGGGUUCUGAGCCUAUUCUCCCGGCUUUUUGCUCCCUCUGCCCACCCAUCCAUCCUGCCGCAUACACAUAUAAUCUCCGUGUUUGCUUGCGUCACUUGCUUGGUGCCACCUCAAUCCAUUCGGUCACCCAUCCCUCCCCAAUAUUGCUGCCGAACCGCGAUCGUCGUCGUCGUCAUUGUCGUCUUCGUUGUGUGGUAAUCCUGGUCUCAAUGUCGUUGUUUUGCCACCCUCAACAACAAAAGCAACAAGCUGCUGUCGCUGCAUUUCACGCUGUAGCUCGAGCUGUGGAAACGACAGGGGACGAACAUAACACGACCGGGGCGAAAGCGAUCACGUCUACUGCUCCCAUCUCAGUGGCCAAACUCGAAUCAACUCCUACUGCAACUGUCCCUGUCUCUCUGGUGUCAAGCAUGUCUUCCCCUGCGGUUCGGGCUGGCAUGAAACGUGAAGCCGCUAGCUGCAGCACCAGCACCAGCAAUUCGGUGGGCACUGCAAACGCUGGCUUGGAUAUGCAUCCUUGGUAUCCUCCUAAACGUGCGAAUCAUACUGGUGGAUAUUCUGGUGAAGCGACUCCCAAAGCUUCCGAUUCUAUGGAUAAUAACGGUUCAGCGGGAACAAUGUGCAAUGGAAACGGUCCACACUCAUGCCAAGAUCGACCAAACAGCGAGUCUAGCGUGUCUACCUCGGUUACCGGGGAUUAUGUCUCCGAUUCUAACAAUACAUUGAACCAAGUUUUUGCAUCCACCACCGCUGGGCUUACAUUCUCACCUGCCUUCUACGGCUCGGUAGCUCCUCAUUUGACUCCGUCCUCUGCUGCCGUGUCAAGUCUCCUCAAUCCGAUGAACGUAAACCUUUAUGGAUUACCGUUGUCCAACGCUCAAACGGCCUCACCAUACGUUUCGCCCCAACUCGCUCCAUAUUCAUCAACAAUCUAUUCCACACCGACAGACAAUCCCAAUUCCAUGGCCACAGCUGCUGCGGCUGCUUUGGCACUAAAUAGUUGGCUUCAACAACAACAGCAACAGCAGCAGCAGACCCACCCUCAACAACCACCGCAACAACCAACUGCGACACCCACUCAUCCACUACUAUCAACUCAGGUUCCCGGCACCCAUCCACUAUCCACACCUUCAGCUUUGGCUGCUGCCCUCGCUGCUGUCCAACAACAACAGCAGCAGCAGUCACACAAUCCCGCGGAAUUGCACCCUAGCGCACAACAACAGACACAACAUUCACCGGCAUUCCAACACCAUUCUCAGCAACAGGCUCUGCUUCUCUCCACCUUGAUUCGAGCUCAACAAUCUCAACUAGCUGCAGCGCAAAUGGCUGCCGCUGUGCAGGCUGCUGGCUACUUGCAAACUAAUACUUCCCCACGUCCUAUCGGAAUCUUGGAUCCUUCAUAUCAAAUCCCAGGGGCGUUAGCUGGACUGCAAGCCUCACCAUAUGCAACAUCGUUCCCCUGUGUCCAAAACCCGAUCACCAACGUAGCCUACAUCAAUGAUAAGGGUCAUCUCCUAGAGACUCUUCCGAUAUGCCGUGAUUUCAAAGCGGGAAAAUGCCAUCGAAACGGAGAUUGCCGCUAUGUUCACCUGGUGGAUGAAAACGUCGAAGUCAACCAGGGGCGAGUGAUUGUAUGUCGUGAUGCUGCCAAAGGUCGUUGUACACGUGUCCCGUGCAAGUACUAUCACGUGCCGCUGCAUGCGAUCUCCGCCAAUCGAAGCUUGGCUCUUAACUCGGUCUUGGCAAAUGCAGCUGGAGUACCGAGUAGCAGUACUGGCAGCGCCAGUGGUGUGGGCGGUCAAGGGCUCUGA